UUAUUUGACGCUACGUGAGUCACGUGUCCUGCUGCCAUUUUUGACCACUUCAAUGUUGCAACUCUCUUGUCUUAACGGCUCUGGGUACCAGCUGUGUUGAAAUGGUUAAGUCUUCAUCCUCGCAGGCAACAGAGGGCGGCAUAAGGAGCUCUCGAAACUUGAAGUACAGCUAGUCAGGCAGGCAGGCAGGCAAGCACCAAAGCCGGAAGUUAGAGGGGACACCCAGUCUGGAAAAGAAAAAAAAGUAGCACUAUUCACUCCGCCCACAGCACACUUUUGGCUGAGGAACCUGCAGAGCCUGUCAGAGCCUGCAGCUGCCAGCAGGUUUACUGGGGACAGACCUGUACUGUGCAAUGGCUUUGUUGACUCUGCACAGGAUCCCAUCCAUCAGCGCUCCGGAUGAAAGCUUUCAAAGAAGAGGAAGACUUCAGAAAAGGGAGAGCUUUGCCCUUGUGAAGGGAGCAGUUGUUCUGCUGGAAGAAGAUGAGGGGGUGGGUCAUCCUCAGGAGACUCCUGACACUGCAACUUCUCCUGGGAAGAAAGGCAGCAAAGCCUCUGAUACGCAGUGCAGACACCUUCAUGCAAUGAUCGAACUGCUCAGACCAGAAGAUUCCAUCAAACUGGCGGUGCAGCUGGAGUCCACCAGCCUGGUCAGAGUCAGGUAUCUGAUCGUCGUCUCCACCCUCAGCAGCAAACAAGAGAGCAUCCUGCUGGGCAUGGAUUUCCCCAGCUCAGACAGUGAUCAGUGCACCAUUGGCCUGGUUCUGCCUAUAUGGAGUGACACUCAGGUGUACCUGGAUGGAGACGGUGUGAAGUGUCAGACCCUCUCUGCCUUGCAUAUCCUUCCCUCUAUCUGCGGUCAUGAAUAUGACAGAGAGCUGCCUCCAUCCUCAAAGACCUUAAAGCCUGUUUCCAUGCAGACCAUGUGGUCAGUGCUGCAGGUGUUGCAUGGCUGCUGUGAACGGGCAGUAAAAGCCACACUGAUCCCAGGCUGUGGCCUCGAGUGGGCCCAGCACUACCUCAAACAUGUUGAGUCUGACCGCUUCUGCCUGAACGAAUGGGAGGCCAUGAAUGAUCUGGAGUCAGUCCGCAAGGACAGUAAAGGUCCGAGUUCGGCAGACAGAAUCUCCAAGGAGUGCCUGAUCAAAGAGCACCUGCGAGACAUUAUGAGGACUGAAGACUUGGACAACCUCACCUCUAAAAUGGUGCACUCUGCCCUGGAGACCAGGAUAGGAUUUGACAUGAGGCCCUUCAAGGAGUACAUUGACAAUGAGAUUCUGGUCACCAUGGCACAGAUGGACAACCCCUCUAAAAUAUUCGACUACCUUUACCUGGGCUCUGAGUGGAAUGCAGCAAACUUUGAGGAACUGCAGAAAAACAAUGUGGGCUACAUUCUGAAUGUGACCAGAGAGAUUGACAACUUCUUCCCAGAGUCCUUCACUUACAUGAACAUCAGAGUGUACGAUGUAGAAGCCACUGACCUGCUCUCCCAUUGGCCAAACACGUACAACUUCAUCAACACUGCAAGAAAGAGCGGACAGUCGGUGUUGGUCCACUGUAAGAUGGGCAUUUCUCGCUCUGCGUCUACGGUGAUCGCCUACGCCAUGAAGCAGCAGCAGUGGACACUGGAUGCAGCGUUGGCCUACGUCAGAGAACGCCGGUCCAUUAUUAAACCCAACGAAGGCUUCAUGAAGCAGCUCCACACCUACAACGGAAUCCUCAGUGCAAGCAAGCAGCGUCACAGCACACUCUGGAGGCGAAAGUCAAGAGACAACAGACAAAAGUCAGUGUGCAAGGAGAAGGGAGAGAGGAAAGAAAAGCAAGAGGAGGAUGAGGGACUUGAUGACGAUGAGGAGGAUGCAGAGAGUCCAGAUGAAAAAGAUUUAGGGAGCCCAGAUGAAAAAGACUACUCUGAUGAAGAAACAGAGGUGUUUGAAGACCAUGGCCCUACGCCUGAUACCAUCCAGGAACUGGAGCAGACAGAACCAUCAGGCGCCAGUCCCGUUAUAACCAUAAACGAGCCAGACAAGGGUUCUCCAAGUGUUAAUCGCAGUGGGAGGAUGAACCUUUUCUCCCUCAUGCAGUCUAUCAGUGAACAAAAUGAGGACAAUAAAGAAUGGGAUCAGCUGCCUGGCAGUCCAAGGCGGUCCCCAGGGCAGGGCAGGCGAAGCCACGUGCGACGGGGUCUGAUUCACCAGAGAGAAUGUGUGGACGUUUCCCCGGAACCACGCAGCCUACCAGACACCAGUCAAAGCAAGCCUUGAACAGAGGGAAGACACAGACGAGCAGAGAGCUACAGGAGAGACAAGGACCAACAGUGGCUUCAGAAACUGUUCAGACCUCUUCACUAUUUGCACUUUUUUAUGUAGUGGAUUUAAAUCUAGAUGGGUAAAACUGCUAUUUUUCCUCAUCAGUCUAGACUCAAGGACAAUCAGAGACAUGUCCUGCAGCCAAACCAGAGUUGUCUUGAGUAUGCUUUGGAAAUUUUUGUUGUGAAAUGUCACAUGCACUCUAGAGCAAGUUUCCUCCAGGACAGCUCUGUAUCCUUCCCUCCCCUCCUGACCAUUGUCCCUGGGGCAUUCACUUUGUCAUUAUGGGUCAUGGAGAGCAGACCGAUGGGGAAAAAUGGUCAUUUCAUCCGUUCUCAAAUUAAAGCUGCAACUAGUAGAGUCUGCAAAAAGUUAAGGGGUCUAAAUAUUUUAUGAAGUCUGAAUAUUUUAUGAAGUCUGAAGCCACUGUAUAAAGGAGUCAAAGCCCGGUGGGGGAAAAAAAACAUCUUGAAGGAGGCAACACCUGAAGAAAAGGAUGCUCUGGUGCCAUGCCAAGGUUUUUAUGCACUCUGGCUCAGCUUUAUAUUUUAAUUUAGUUGUUGAACAUUUAAAUUUAUUUUUUCAGGUCUUUCAUUGCAUACCUCUACGUAAUUAUGAUGAGUCACUCAUGAAAAAGGAUCUUGUCACAGUAUUGCUGUACCAGUGAAAGCCAGUAUAUGUGAUCGCUGAAAUCCUUGUUGUAUUAUGGUUUAUGCUGGUAUUUUAGAAGUUACCCUACCACAUACAGACAUCCUGAACUACAUACCAGGUCUCUUAUAAGCACAGUCUUUUCCUCGUCUUAGUCCCGUGAGAGAUGCAAGGAGAAAGGACUCAAGGAACCAUUAUUAGCAACAUACAUCCUUUCCUCAGAUCAUUCAUCUGAAGCGUCUAAUCACCAACUAAUUUCUGAUAAAAAGGCAUAUCAGUUCGCAAAAAACUUCCGUGAGGGAUGUUCUCGUGUUUCCUCAGUCUGAUAUAAGAGACUUAGAACAUCCUACGUCCCUGGUUGACCGAGGAUGCAGGAACGAUCUUAUAAGAGACAUGAGAUGUACCCCUGGUCUGUCCUUCCUCGUAGGGUCCCAUCUGUCCACAGCUCCCUUGUUCCUUCUUCCCUUUUCAGCUGUUGUAUCACCGCUCAGAGAUUGUCUAUGCAAUUACU